CACACAAAACAAGCACUGUAGUCUCUUGGCAACGUAGCAAACCAAAUUCCAAAAUUCAAUUUCAUCGCUAAAAUAUUUCUUCAUUCUACCAAAUUGAUCACAAAUUCACCAUUUACAUAUCCAUUAUAGCAUUUGUUUAUUUAAAUUUUUCAGUGAGUUCUAGAAACUGGUUAGUUGUUAGUUAGUUAUUUCCAACCAACCAAUAUGACGCAGUGUUUCAGUUUAACAGAAACAAGAAACUGGUGCUACCGGUCAACAUUCACUGGCUCAGGUCUCCGUUCCACGAUAAUUGACCUAAAAGACGGAACAAUAAUGCAUUGCUGGAUACCCAAAAUCCAAACUGAAUCAAAACCGAAUCUACUCCUAAUCCACGGACUCGGAGCAAAUGCUUUAUGGCAAUGGGGUAACUUCAUCCGCAAUCUAACACAACACUUCAACAUAUACGUACCAGAUCUUGUAUUCUUUGGCGGAUCAUACACAACCCGACCUGAAAGAACAGAAGCGUUUCAAGCGGAGUGUGUGAUGAAGGUAAUGGAAUUGAAGUGUGUGAGGAGUGUGAGUGUUGUGGGAUUGAGUUAUGGUGGGUUUGUGGCAUAUAGUAUGGGUGUGAAGUAUAGGGAGUUUGUGGAGAAGAUUGUGAUUUGUGGAUCAGGGGUGUGUUUGGAAGAGAAGGACAUAAAAGAUGGGAUUUUUCCUAUUUCUGAUUUGGAUGAAGCAGCUAAUAUUUUGGUGCCACAAACACCACAAAAGCUAAGGGAACUUGUUGGGUUUGCUUUUUUUAGAGCUCCUCUUGUUGCUUGGUUACCUUCUUGCUUACUCCUUGAUUUCAUUAAUGCAAUGUGCAGGGAAUAUGUACAAGAAAAGAAAGAAUUGAUCAAAGCCAUUGCAAAGGACAGAAAUCUUUCUGAACUCCCUAAGAUAUCUAAGCCUACAUUAAUUAUAUGGGGAGAACAGGAUCUAGUAUUCCCUUUGGAACUUGGUCAUAGAUUGAAAAGGCAUUUAGGGGACAAUGCUCAAAUAGUGAUCAUCAAGAAUGCAGGGCAUGCGUUUUGUGCGGAAAAGGCUAAGGAGUUCUACAAUGUCUUGAUGUCCUUUCUAGUGGAUUCAAAGCCACCAGGACAGAGAUAGAAUGGCACCAGAGUAUUAAAAUACAAAAGGAUACGGCAACAUGAAUGAUAUUGUUGGAACUUGAAACACAAUCUCUUUUUUUUAUUUAUUUGUGUUAAAUAAGUUUUUUUUUUUCUAUAAAUAUCUUAAAUUGCAUUUUUAGUUUAUAGAAAAAAAUUCAAUAACAAGAACAAAGUCAUCAACGGGGGGCCAUGGAUGAUACACGACCACUAUUUGGUAGUCCGAGAAUGGACACCAAGUUUUAAUGCAUCCACUGCGAAAAUUGACAAAACGUCCUAUGGGCUAUUGCAUCAAUGGUGGGGAAUCCUAUCAAAGUGGAUCUUUAUACUUUGAAGGUUGCUCGUGAUAGAUUCACUCGUAUGUGCGUCGAAGUCGAUCUCACAAAGCCGGUUGUUGGGCGUGUAGGGAUAAACGAAGAAUGGUACCAAGUUCAGUACGAAGGACUACACAUAAUUUGCACGCAAUGCGGUUGCUAUGGCCAUUUGUUGAAAGAUUGUACUCUGCAAAAGAAGAAAAUAGCAACAGAGAGGGUGCAUGAGGAUGAAGAAAGGGUUGAACCGAUCAACGAAGUCAACAAUACUAGUGGACCGGACCAGGUUUGCAACGAACCAAGCCAAAAAACCAGUGAACCGGACAAAGAAUUAAGGGUUUCAAGUAUUUUCUGUUGGCAGAAGCUAGAGGAUUUUCUGGAGGCAUUUGGAUUAUGUGGAACAUAUUAGAUAUUAAAGUCCAUCUUAUUAAAACUAAUUUUCAUUUUCUCCAUGUGUAGGUACAAGAAAAUACUUUUUACAUUUGGCCAAUGUCAGAUGUAGACGCACUAGACAUAGUAGGUAGACACGUUUUACAUCUGUUUCGUACUUCAGCUGAUGUGAAAACCACUUUUCAUUUUA